AUGAUAAAUCUCACAAUGGCCUCUGCCAAAUUGAAAUGUGAUGUGUUUGAAAACUUGCCAUGCAAUACAGUUUUCAGGUUCAGAAAACAAGCUGGAAGUAAAUAUCACAAAGUUAUAAUAAUAGAUGAAGCAAAUUUGUCAGCAGUCUUCCACAUGUACAAAUCAUUUACCAUUUGGGUUUUGGAUAACAUAACUACUGAAGUGUUGACAGAGGAAAUUGGCAAGAUACUUGACCAACUAUCACGCAUAUCCCAGCUCCAAAAAGUGAUUUUCAUCUUUGCAUGUGGGUACUCAUCCCUUCUUUCAAGAAAAUCAAUGGCCAACACCAACUCAAUUAGCAGCAAUUGUAAAGAUUGCUAUUUCUAUCUGUUGAAUGAAUCACCAGAAAACAUAACUCAACAGAUGCAGUUGGUGAGAUCACUUAUAAUGGUGAACAGUCCCCAGUGCUACUUCCUGCCUGUUGCAUUGCCACCCUUCUCAUUGGAGUUGCAUUUAUUACAAGUGAAAGGAGACCAUCAAAAAUGCUGCCCUCAAUUUGUAAAAUCUCUAUCUACUCUAACUUCAUUAGAGAUCAGUCAAAUGCAAAAAAAUUUGGACCUUCUGGUAGCUGAGUAUAAUAAGCAAGUAUCAUUUCAUUGCUUGAAUGUGAAAUUGCCUGUCAUAGAUUGGUCAAAAAUUUAUUUGACAACAAAUAGAUUGACAGAGAGGCAAAGCAUUAUCAUGCAGAAAAUAAAUUCCAUGAUUUGUGAUUUCAUCCACUCAAUAUAUCAGGAAGAGUGUGCUAAAGAGCUUAAACACAUUCAAAAGGCCUUACAAGAUGAGGAUGUGGUGAUAAAAGAAGAGCAGACAGAAGAAUUUGAUGUAGACACAUCAGUGCCUCAUGACUGCAAUGAGAAUUCACUUGCUGCAAUGGAAAUUUCUCAGCCUAUUCCUGGAAGUGAAAAUAUAACUGAUGUCAGGGACUUGUCUUUACUUGAAGUAAAUAUAGAUGCUAACAAUCAAGAGAUGCUUGUAAGCCAAUCUCCUUCUGGUGUUAAUUCUAUGGUUACCUGUGUAGAGUCGUCUGCGUUGUCAAAGCUGGAUGAAGAAAAGAAAAUUGACAGUCGAGCAUCUGAAUUACUAGAUUCUAAUGCUGCACUUUCUGGGAGUCUGCUGUGCUCUCCUGCAAAGUCUAGAGCUUCACUUGUUGAAAGUAGAUUAAAAUCAAUUAUAUGUGGUGAUAACUUGGUUGCUUCACCCUUGAACAAAAUGAAAGCAAAGAAACGUCUUGAUAUAAUAUCAAAUGAGGAUGAUGUAGUACAGCUUGAACCAUCAAGUAGUAGAGGUUCUUGCAAUGCAGUGCCUGCUGAACCCAAGUUGCCAGAAGAGGAGGUCCAGGUUAUUGCUAGAGGAAGCAGGUCAAGAAGAAGUAGCAGUGUUUUGGUAAUUAAUGAUGGUAAUUCACUACAAAAUGAUGUUGAAAUCUUGAGUCCUGUGAAGACUGGAAACAAUGUUGCAUCGAAUUCCAAAAACAUUAAUGAGGUUAAAAAAGUUACGAUCAGAGAAAGAAAGAUGAAGAGAAGAUCCAGAAGAAAUAAUGUGUUGAAGUCUUGUCAAGAUCUUGUUAUACUUGAUGAUUCUUCAGUCAUCAGUGAUUCUUCUAUUAUGAGUUUGAGUACUCCCAGCAUUUUGGAUGCUGCACGUGAUGACGAGGUCUCAUGUACAUCUUCUGACUAUGCUUCGUGUGAUGAAAUUACUGAUGUGCUUUGUGUAAAGGUUACUGGCAGGGAUAAUAAAGCACCCCUGCUUAGGCCUGAAGUUGAAUGCUUACAACUUUCAAAAAAGCAAGUUUCUCCACCAAGAUGUAAAACUAGAGAUAAUAUAGCUAGUCCAUCAAUUUGCAACACUGCUGCAUCAUCUUCCAGCUCAAACACAACAAGUGUAAUAAAUUUGCCCCUGGGUGAUGAGCCACCAACAGAAAAUGUGCCAUUAGUUGCCUGUGAAUCUUUAAACAAAAACAAAGGCAGCAAGAUGGACAGAAAGAAGACUGGACCAGAACAAAUAACUAUCCAAAACAAAGAAGCUAAUCAAAUAAUCCCAUUGCAACUGGAGAUCAAAAUAAAAGAAGAACCUGAUGCAGCACAUCCUACUAACGGGUGUGAUGUGUCUAUUUUCAAGCGCACUGAAGAAUCAGGUAAUGUGCUACGAGUGUUGAUUACUGAAGACAGGUUCUUCAACCUUGCUGACUUGCUGAGUGAUCAGAACUGCAAGAACUACAUGCACCUGAGCUGUCGAGGAGGGCUCAUCUGGCGAUACAUCAAGCCAAUCCUCAAUGCUGUCAGGGAGACCAUGGACCUGAAGAUGAACAAGAACAAGCACCUCCUAAUUGCCGUCUGUCUCGGCUCGGAAGACAUUGUUAAUUCACUGAAGUUGCCUGAGUACAAAAAACACGCUCCAUUUAUUCACUAUGGCAAGAUUACUCAUGGGGUGGCGCAGAAAGUUAGUAAUUCAUUGAUGGCCUUAAAGGGUAGAAUAUUACAGUUAUACCCAAGGGCACGUAUUAUUUUCUUCAAAAUCCCUGCGUUUUCUAAAGAAGGAAUGUUGAAAAAAAUUAUUGAAAUGACAAAUAAUCGUAUUCGUGAUAUCAAUUUUCGUGACAAAAGUGUGUCAGUUUGCCUUUCCCAUGAUUGUCCCUAUAAGACUCACUCUAUGGGUCAUCAGUAUGUGCUCACUGAAAGAUUCAUUGAGAGCUGGCUUAAAGUAUGUCAGUGGUACCUUAAAGUUCUUGAAGAUUCUGUUGAAAACACUUGCACAUCGGGUGAUCAUGUCGAGAAAGUCUCUCUGAAGAGAAAGCGACGUUCAUUACAAGAAAUUCCGGCAGUAAAGCAUACGAGAAGAAAACUUAGAAACAAGGACUACAUUAACACGCACACAAACAUAGUUUGCUCCACUGCCGGAGGUCGAGCAAACUUGAAUCAAGUUUCAGAUCAAGCAACAGACUCUAUUUCGGAAGUUGAUGUUGAGAGAGCGACUGUUGAUGAUGAGUCAGACGAGACUGUACUGUUCAGUGAUUCAGACACCGAAACUAACAGCGUUUUUGACCAGGACUUGAAUGACCAAAUAACAACCAUGGUAAUGUUGCUUGGAAGCGCAAACGAAAGCAAUCCUAUAGUCAGGUUAAAUUUCAACAAAAACUUUUUAUCUACUAAUGUCUGCGCUCUCAUUGCUGUUGGUAGAAUCACAAAUGAUCGAGCACAUGAAAAACGCCUCCUGGAAAUUGCGUGUACAUUGAAAGAAAGCGAGACCAGCUCGCCUGUUCCCCCUCAUUUGAAUGCCCAGCAAAAGAAGAGCAUCAUUUUGGGCAUCGGGAAGGCUGUGGACUAUCUUGAUGACGCAACUCUCAGCCAAGCUGCCAACGAUCUACUCUACACCUCUGUGCUGAGCCUCAAGAGGGUCUAUGUCUGAUAGGGCUAUACUCAAUGAGUUUAUGCCCCAUAUGUCUACACAUGAUGAGUCUACUACGUCUGAUGUGUCUAUGGCUGCUAAGACAAUAUAUACGUGAGGUUUCUGCUGCUAAUGAGAUCACAUCUUAUAAAUUUGCGCCUGAUGAGUCUACGCUACAUUUGUCUUCUAGAACGUUGCUGUUGAUUCCUCUGAAGUGAAUCUGAGAGUUUUUUGGCAUGCGACCUGUAUUUUUUACGCCAAUAUGAAGCUUGUAUUGUGGAUGGCAAGGAAAAGUGCACAUGGUUUUGAAUUGAGCAGGAAUCAGACGACCUAAUGUUGGCUACGGAAGUAAAGAAGAUUAUUUCUAGCAACUAGCAUUGAAGUUUAAUCAACUUGAAUUAUAUAGCUUGCUCAUUGCUGUUGCGUGAUGGAGUGAGUUGUAAUUAUGUUGUGGACUGAGUGGUUAUUGAGUGGUGGAGGGAGUGGGUAGUGGAGUGAGAAGGUUUGGAAGCAGACCUUCAAUUUUAGCUUGCCAAUUAUCUUUUCUGCCACGGUAUGCAAAUAGUUAUAAUCAUAGUUAUUUCACGUCUUCUUAGUCUUAAAAGUUUUCUGUCUUAGUUAUUUCACAAAAUAUUUAAAUAUGUAUAUCCUUUGUAGUGAAGAAACUGUUGCAAUCCUCACUUAGAUUGUUUGCAUGAAGAACUUAAUCAGAUUAUUGACUAGAAUUUCCCGUGGAGCUCGGGUUGGUCAAGGCUUUUGAUGUUGUUAGAUCGCAAGUUUCUAUACGAUUUGAACCCAUUAUUUUCUUCGUUGUUCUUUGACCUGUUGAAAUACCUCUCCUUGGAUUGAAAUACCUCUCUUUUCCAAGGCAGGAUAAAUUAUUCAUGGUUGAUUGUUACAAGUUAGCAACAUAAUCAGUUGUGCUUAGCAUAAGUGGAAAAGCUCCAUGUUGUUUUGGGAUGCAAGUGUGACGGUUUUUUUUUACUUGAUGGUUAGGCGAUCAUCAACAUGCAUAGGUAAGACCUGCCUUCUCAUGCUUAUUAUUUUACUUUAUUCUUGCAACCAUAGAUUUCAUGACGAAAAUCCUUUCAGUUCUUCCUUUAUAAGGAAGAACUUUCUUUUUGUUUGUCCCUUAAACUUCCUUUGUUAGGUAGGUCAUCUUGGGAUAUGCGAUUGUCGUCACACUGAUAACCUUAAAAGGGCUUAUACAAGUCAUAUUUUGUUAAUAAUUUAUGACCAUUUCCAUUUUUAUUAUGGUUUACGAUUAUGUUUUAAAUUGUUUAAACCUCGUCUUGUAAGAAAUUUCGUACUGAAAGUCUACAUUGAUCAUAAAAAUAGAAAACCUCCUGUUGAUCUCCUGCCUCGUUCGUGUAUGUGGGCUGCCUGAUAUGGAUUAUAUUGCACCUAUGAUAACAGGUUGCAUGUAUAGCGUUAUGUCUAAUGUGCACUAUGUUUAACUUCUGGAAUAGGUUGCAUGCCUAGCGUUAUGUCUAAUAUGCUAUGUUUAACCUCUGCAAUAGGUUGCAUGUCUAGCGUUAUGUCUAAUGUGCUAUGUUUAACCUCUGCAAUAGGUUGCAUGUCUUGCGUUAUGACUAAUGUGCACUAUGUUUAACCUCUGUAAUAGGUUGCAUGUCUAGCGUUAUGUCUAAUGUGUUUCAUAUUGCGCGAAUGAGAAGAGUACCGUAUAUAUGUCUUCUCCGCCCACUCGAUGCUUCUAGAAAGAUCAUUGUGUAUUUUGCCAAAAGUUAGAAGCUGUUUUUGGGCUUGUUACCAUCAUGUAUCAUUUGUAUCAAUGUAUCAUUUACGUACGUCUGCUACGAGCAUCUGAUUAGUGCCGUGUAAAAGAACGGCCGCACAUUAUUGACGAUGAUGUCAUGUUUGGCGGUUGUAAGAUCUAGUUUAGCAGAGAUUAUUAUUUUUAUUCCUAUAAGUUAUUUGUUGGGGCUGAUAAAUUAUUGAUGAUAACUUAUCCCUGAGGUUAUCAAUUUAAUAAUACCUGUAUUACAUUUUUUACCUGAUGCCAGUGUGACGUUCUAAAUAAAGAUUCUUGGAAGA